UUGUCGUAAGUCUAUGUUCAAGUAUGGGAGUUACGAUCACCUUAGCCCCAUCAUUGUCGUAAGUCUAUGUUAAAGUAUGGGAGUUACGAUCACUUUAGCCCUAUGAAUGUCGUAUGUCGACGUUAAAGUAUGGGAGUUACGAUCAGAACCAAUACCAUCAACGUCAAGUACCAGUACCAUCAACGUCCAGAACCCAAUACCAUCAACGUCCAGUACCAAUACCAUCAACGUCCAGAACCAGUAGCAUCAACGUCCACAACCAAUACCAUAAACUUCCAGUACCAAUACCAUCAACGUCCAGAACCAAUACCAUUAACGUCCAGAACCAGUACCAUCAACGUCCAGAACCAAUACCAUCAACGUCAAGUAACAGUACCAUCAACGUCCAGAACCCAAUACCAUCAACGUCCAGUACCAAUACCAUCAACGUCCAGAACCAAUACCAUCAACGUCCAGAACCAAUACCAUAAACUUCCAGUACCAAUACCAUCAACGUCCAGAACCAAUACCAUUAACGUCCAGAACCAGUACCAUCAACGUCCAGAACCAAUACCAUCAACGUCCAGCACCAAUUCCAUCAACGUCCAGAACCAAUACCAUCAACGUCCAGAACCAAUACCAACGUCCGGUAUCAAUACCAUCAACGUCAAGAACCAAUACCACCAACGUCCAGUACCAAUACCAUCAACGUCAAGAACCAAUACCAUGCGGGUGGGUAUGAAAAGUAAUCACGGUAUGUUAAAUACGGCUAGUCUGGACUAGUAUAAUUUUUCCACGUUCUGGAGCGGCUGGUAACCUAAUGGUUAAAGUGCUUGUCCGCUGAAAACCCGGGUUCGAGAGAUAUAAUACGUGAUGCCCAUUUCUGGU